UCGGUCCCGCAUCAAGACGUGAACCAGCGUGUGUCACACGGCAGGUUGGAGAAAACUUCUGCAACAUCUCUCAAAACUACAGUAAUUUGAUUAAUUAUGACAUUUUUAGAAAAUGCUUAGUUCAGCAAUUAUUGUUUGAUUGUAAUCGGUGUUGUAAGUUGUAAGAGUUCGCUAUCGGGUCAUAGAUUUACCACAGAACAUGAGUGAUGCUAAAGAUGAGACGGACAAGUCCAAUAAUAAACAGAAGAAAGAAGGCAAGAAACGUCCUUUUGAUUUCUCACUUCACCCCAAGCGCCACGUGGCUCUGAGAUUGGCCUACCUGGGAUGGGACUACCAGGGCUUUGCAGUUCAGGAAAAUACAGAUAACACAGUGGAGGCCAGACUCUUUGAAGCGCUCCUCAAAACAAGACUCAUCCAGGACCGACAGAGUUCAAACUAUCACCGCUGUGGACGCACGGAUAAAGGAGUCAGUGCAUUUUCUCAGGUCAUAAGCAUCGACUUGCGUUCAAACCAGUUUUGUGGAGGACUGGGUGUGAUAGUCCCUGAAAAUGUGGAUGUUGCGACUGCCAAGGACAAAGUAGCGAUUCCAGAGCUUCCAUAUGUAAAGAUGCUGAACAGAGUGCUGCCUCCGGACAUAAGAGUGUUGGACUGGUCUCCUGCUGCAGUGGGCUUCAGUGCACGUUUUGACUGUCAGUCCAGAACAUAUAGAUACUAUUUCCCCAGAGGCUGCUUGGAUGUGGAUCUUAUGGCUGAAGCUGCAAAAAGAUAUGAAGGAACACAUGAUUUCCGUAACCUGUGUAAAAUGGAUGUUGGUAACGGAGUGCUCCAGUUUGAGAGGACCAUUCUGUCUGCUUCAGUGAGACCAGCAAAACCACAGUCAGCCAACAAUGCAGACCCAUACGAGCUCUUUAUCUUUGAGAUUAAAGGACUAGCCUUCCUUUAUCACCAGGUGCGGUGCAUGAUGGCAGUGCUUCUUUUAAUAGGGCAAAAACUGGAAGACCCUAAUAUAAUUGACCAACUUAUGGAUGUUACGAAAAACCCCAGGAAACCACAGUACAAGUUAGACAUUUUUUAUACAAUUGCUAUAUUUUGUUGCUAUUUCUUAUUGAUAAUAAUUUUCUGCACCUUUUCUAGCAUGGCAGUAGACUACCCUCUUGUCCUGUUCGAUUGUCAUUUUGACGGUUUGAGCUGGACACAAGAGAAAGAGGAAGUGAGCUACACUUUGGCCACGUUACAGCAACACUGGACACAGAGUGCAGUUCGAGCCAGUGUCCUGUUUGGCAUGCUCCAGGAUUUGGAAGCAAAAGGUGCUGAGCCACCAAACCACUGCUUGCUUCUUGAAGGUUCGAGACAGAAGAAUUAUAAACCCUUAUUAGAGCGCCCAUGCUGUGAGAGCCUGGAGUCAAGGAUAACUCAUUUUGUGAAAAGGGGCAGACUGGAACGGGAAGGAGAGAACGGGGAUGAAACUGUUUACAAAGGAAAACGUUCAAAACAUUCGCAUAAUUCUUCCAGUUCUUCAACAGACUCUGGAAAUAAAUCAUAAAGCUGCAAUCUUUUACGAUUUUGUGUCAGAAUGCUUUCAAAGUAUAUAUUUUAAGUUGUUUUAAUUUCAUGCAGCUCUUACUUUUGUUUAAUGUGAAUAAACAAAAAGUUGGGAA